GUUUUUACAGAUCUGAACGAUUUGGAAAAAACUACAAACACGAGACAUGGCUGCUGCUGCUAGCAGUGUAAUUGCUGAGGACAGUUUUCUUUGCUCUAUCUGUCUGUAUGUGUUCACUAAACCUGUGUCGAUUCCCUGUGGGCACAACUUCUGUCUGGACUGCAUCAGGGACUACUGGAAUACUGCAAAUACUGAAAUCCAAUGUCCACUGUGCAUGGAGACAUUCUUGACCAAGCCAAUGCUCCGGGUUAACACUUGGAUUGCCGAGAUGGUGGCAACGUUGAAGAAAUGUGAACGGCCUUGUGUUGUUGGCCCUCAAGAAGCAGGAAAUGGAAAGGUGCUGUGUGAUCAGUGCUCAGAUGCAAAGAUCCCAGCAAUCAAGUCUUGCUUGGUGUGUUUCAUGUCUUUCUGUGAGACACAUCUGAUACCUCAUCUGAGAAUUCCAGCCAUGAAAAAACACAAGCUGAUCCACCCGGUUGAGAACCUGGAGGGCCGGAUGUGCAAGACACACGACGAGCCUUUGGAACUGUUUUGCAGGACGGAUGAAAUGUUUGUUUGCGCAUCCUGUAAAGUCGGAGACCAUAAAACCCAUAGCAUAGGGAAUCUGGAGGAUGAGGCUGAACUGAGGAAGACUGGACUGGGAGUGGAGAAGGAAACCACGGAUGAGAUGAUCAAGGAGCGUCAGCAGAAAAUUAUCGAGAUCCAACAGUCAGUGGAGGCCAGCAGAGAAAAGACGGGGGAGGUCCUGUCGUCCAGCCUGCAUGCAAUGACUGCCAUGGUGGACUACAUGAGGAGAAGCCAAGCAGAGCUGGCUGAGGUGAUUGAGACAAAGCACACAAAAAUUGAAACGGAGAGAAAUGGCUUGAUUAAAGAACUGGAAGGAGAAAUUAUGCAACUGAAGCAAAAGACAGAGAAGCUUAAUCAGGUCGAAUUCUCCAACGACGCCAUGUUGUUCCUUGAGAAAUUCCUGUCUCUUACUUACACUCAGCCCCAGGUUAAGAACUGGUAUGAUGUGACCCUCAAUGGUGAUGUGUUUACAGAGCAGGGAGCCAUAGCCAUGCUGGAGACAACGUUGACCAGAGAAAUAAGGGCGCUGUGUGAUCCCGACUGGAAAGAAAAGCAGCAGCAUGCUGUGGAUGUGACUCUGGAUCCGGACACGGCAAACCCUCUUCUCGUUGUUUCUCCGGAUGGGAAGCAAGUCACACAUGGAGACAGACAGAGGAAUCUGUUAAAGAAACCAGAGAGGUUUGAAAAUGUCCUCAAUGUCCUUGCAAAGGAGGGUUUCUCCUCGGGUAAAUUCUACUAUGAGGUCCAGAUUAAAGGCAAAACAAACUGGGAUUUAGGAGUUGUAAACCAGUCCAUCCGCAGGAAGGGUGACAUAAGAUUGAGCCCCAACAAUGGAUUCUGGACUAUUUACCUAAGAAAAGGAAAUGAGUUGACAGCCAACGCCAGCCCUGACAUCAACCUCAAAGUGAGGGAGAUGCCUCAAAAGGUUGGGGUGUUCGUGGAUUACGAGGGGGGUCAAGUCUCCUUUUACGACGCCGACUCCAGGGCUUGCAUCUUCUCCUUCCCCGGGUGGACCUUCACCGAGAAGCUCUUUCCGUUUUUCAGCCCCUGUGCCAACGAUGGCGGCAAUAAUGCAGCCCCCUUGAUCAUCACGCCUGUCAAACGCAACAGCUGAGAUUCUGGUUUCGUUUUCUGGACUUGGGAAAGAAGAAGAGACGGAGCGAAGGGGACCUGGAGAGGGGUGCGCUGAAAUGUUUUCAUCUGUGGAGCGCCAGUGUCAGAGCUGUGUCACUCUGUGUUGCCUGCCACACGGACAAGGGAAUGCACAUGCAACACACACACACACACACACGCCCACGUACACACAAUAUCGUGUUGGACAAAUACUUUAAUUUUCUGACUUUUGGUGUCAUCUGUUCUUAACAGACUCAAUUGUCUGACACACAGACCAAUAAAUAAAGUCACAUCCUGGAGUAAUGAUCAAAACACUAAAAUAGAUUAUUUACAAACCCUCAGGAAUGAAAAACGAAUAUGGUCUAAAACAUCAGCUAUUGUUCUAGUUACAGUAAUUCUGAGGAGAACUUGUGAGACACGCGUUCUUAACUGGCUUCGCCCAGGGGACAGUCAAUCCCAAGGUGAUCCCCUAUAUACAAACAAUUGAUGGAAAAUAACUUGCAUGUGGAAAAUAUACAAACAAAUAUUAGGACUCUCUUCUUAUGUGGCUCUGUGUGAGAUUUACUUUCUCCAACAACUCAUGUCAUUCGGCUAAACGGUUUGUUAUUGAAUGAAUCAGUCGCAACACUGGAGCCUGACUGGCAUAAUGUUGUGUCCUCUAAUUAAAAUCAGCCAAACCUGCUUCCCAAGUUCACACACAGCUAAUCUAAUUGUUAACUUGGUUGACUUACGCAGCUGUUUAUUGAGCUGAGCCAAUUAAAGUAUCUUUGCUUCCUUUUCUGUAACAUUUAAUUCCAUUUAUUCAGUUUAUAUCUGAAUCAGAUAAAUCGAUGAUUUACGAUCAGACGACAAAGCUUGUUUAUUAUGACGGAGCAGAGGAAGAACGUUUAGAUAUGAAAAGAAAUGUUAAAAAAAACAUUGUAUUUUCACUUGUUUAUGUAUUUUAUUUGUAUUGAUCAUGAUGCUCGUUGUCUCCUAAAUAAGGUUGUUCUAAUCUCAUCUGAACAUAAAGUAGCUGGAGAGAUUAAGGAGUGCCGGUCAGAUUGGCACACUGAAGGGCUGAAUCAAUCAGUGCGUUUACAUGAUGGUAUAAUUCGAAUCUUGCUUUAGUCGGACUAUGCUAUCUUUUGGGUCAUCUGCUAUUAUCCCAAUAUACAUGGCAGUGAGUAAUUCGAAUCAUUGGCCGAAAGCAUGUCAUAUCCGAUACGAUAGGCGGCGCUGUUUUCAUUACAACUCGUGGUGAUACAGCCAUUUCCGCUUGACCUCUUCACCACUACCAACAACAACCAACAACAACAACAUCAACAUUUCGAGAAAGAUGGCGAACAGAGAGCAAGGCGAAGCUACAUCCCUCUCCUAUUCUUGCAUGAUGUUAAUAGGAGUACAGCAAAUGCAAAUGGCGCUAUUGGCGUUGUUUGUUUGUUUUCUGCCGGCCAGGCUCCCGGCAGUGACAACUUAUCGUCUCUUUCGACUUCCGGGUCACGACAUGGGAGGGAGGGAGGGAGGAGGGCGGCGGGAUCUCAAGCAUGCGCAAAGACGCAAAGUCCAGUUCCUAAUCCAAUUCACCGUUACUUGCCGCGAUAGUCGAAUUAUCAACCGGAUCGGAUCGAGUUAUCCAGGGGUGUUAAUCGGAUCGUAGUCGGACCGCACAUAGUCGAACAAAGGUGUUUACAUGAAACGGAUAAUUCGAUUUCAGUCCGACUAAGCCAGUUAUUCGAAUGCAUGUAAACACGGUCAGUAAGAGCUUAGAGACCACACACUGGGCUCAUGAGUGUGUGGAGCUGUUGGAUAGAAAUCGUGUACAGCAUCUCCAUAAUGUCUGUUUUAUUUUGAUGACGUUUUAUUUUGAUGAUCGUGCUUUGUUGGCAUUAAGUGAGGAAGAUACAUAACACGGUCAAAUCAAAGAGGACCGUGAACAAAAAAGGAAAUGAGUGACGCGUUACGCACAUGUGAUGUAGAAGUGAGUGAAUUGUCUGUAUUAGUGCCAAAAUUAAUAGUCAACUGAUCGUUGCCAUUCUCUCCUUUUGAAUUUUGAUAUCACUUUGGAGUUUGAUAAAUUGUGAUGGCCAGCCUCUGUGUUUUAAAUGAUAAGUUGUAAAAAACAUUAAACACAUUUUUUGAUUACAAAAAUGCA